AUGUGCAGAGAUGACGAAAAGAUAAUGAAGUCUUGCUACUGGCCCAAUGAGGUUUUUGAACCGUGCUUCGGCGGUUGCGCAGAGGUCUCGUGCGACAACCCCCGGAACCACUUGAGACCGUGCUACCCGUACUGUGAGCCAGGCUGCGUCUGCGAGGACCCUUACGUGAGGGAUGAGCGUACGCAUCAAUGUGUCCUACCACAAGACUGUUCCCCGACACAGAUGGGCAUUCCAGUUCCGACUAAGAGAGUGCCUGUUGACAAGUCGCCUCUCAAAUACCCAUCGAAACCUCGUAUGCACAACAGAAGAGACGAUUUUCCACAAGAUUUUGAGAAUGAAGGGCCCUUCUCCAACCGCGUGGAUGAGAGCAACAUGAAGAGACCGCAAGAUGGAUCCCGCAUGGGCAAUUAUUUCAAUAUAGUGAUCGCACCACCACCUAUCAAAGCGAUCCAACCACGGAAAUUGCUGCAGAACGAGGCUUUUGUAAGGUCUAAACACGUGAUGUGA